UUCUUUGAUUCAGCAUGCAAAGACAUAGUCUUCUCUUCUUUUUAGUGUAUGCUCCUCCUGCUUCCAAUGGCAAGCUCAGUGGUUGUUGCUUCAUGGAUUGUUUUAGGUCUUGUCAUGGCAACUUCAACUACUAAAGUUGAGGCCGCCAGGGCAUUUUUUGUAUUUGGUGAUUCCCUGGUUGACAAUGGCAACAACAAUUACCUAGCAACCACUGCUCGAGCAGAUUCACCUCCUUAUGGGAUUGACACUCCUAGUCGUCGCGCCACAGGCCGCUUCUCAAAUGGCAAAAACAUUCCUGAUUUUAUCAGUGAUGCACUUGGCUCAGAGCCAGUAUUGCCAUACUUGAGUCCAGAACUCAGGGGAAACAAGCUACUUGUUGGCGCCAACUUUGCUUCUGCUGGUAUUGGAAUCCUCAAUGACACCGGCAUCCAAUUUAUAAACAUCAUAAGAAUGUUCAGGCAAUUACAAUACUUUGCAGAGUACCAGGGCCGGUUGGCUGACCUGGUCGGAAAUGAUGAAGCACAGAGGAUUGUAAGCGAUUCUCUAGUCCUCAUUACGGUCGGUGGCAACGAUUUUGUGAACAACUACUACUUGGUGCCCUUCUCUGCAAGAUCUCGCCAAUUCAGUCUUCCAGACUAUGUUAGAUAUCUCAUCUCAGAGUACAGAAAACUUUUAAUGAAACUAUAUGAUCUUGGAGCUCGUAGGGUUCUGGUGACCGGGACGGGACCUUUGGGCUGUGUUCCGGCGGAAUUGGCCAUGAGGAGCCCAAGUGGGCAGUGUGCCCCUGAUCUGCAACGAGCUGCUUCCUUGUACAAUCCACAACUAGUUCAAAUGAUCAAUGGACUCAACAGCGAGAUCGGUGCAACUAUUUUCAUUGCUUCUAAUACACAGCAACAAACCAAUGAUUUCAUUAGUAACCCUGGAGCCUACGGAUUUAUUACAUCAAAGAUAGCAUGCUGUGGCCAAGGACCAUUCAAUGGUCUGGGACUAUGCACUGUGUUAUCAAACUUGUGCCCCAACAGGGCCCAGUAUGUUUUCUGGGAUCCUUUCCAUCCAUCAGAAAGGGCUAAUGGGAUCAUCGUUGACACGAUCUUGAGUGGUUCUACAGAUUACAUAAGCCCCAUGAAUCUCAGCACCCUCUUGGCUUUAGACUACCAGACCAGGACUUAGCUAGUUGCAUUUUAAUAAGGAUAAAAACAACCUUGUGUUAUACCAUUGUUGUUUGCUUGGCAUGCAUGCAUUUGAUUAUGUACGUUGUUCCCUAUGGGUGGAAUUAAUUUCUUGAUGAACUGUAAUGUAAUGUUUCAAAACUAUUUUAUGAGUAAAUAAAUAGUUGCCGAUUUAUUUUCCAUCA